AUGCCAGCCUCCAAAUUCUCCAAACAAGCCGGCUCCAUCGAUGCCUCCAGUCAACCUCCCACAAGCCCCGGAAGUCCUACCCCUUCUGGAAAGUGGAACAAAGGUGGUCUUGCCGGUAACCACUCCGCUUGGGAGAGCCAAGAUGCGAAGCAGCAAGAAAGAAGGGCUCAGAGUCAAGCUCGUAUCUCCGCUUCCGGUUCCGCUGUUAGUAAAAGAAGGGACACGUCUCUCUCGGUCAUCUUGGUUGACAACACUGAAGGCCCAUUCCAAGUGGCUUCUGGGAAUGAUGGCGAUAGGACAGCAGAAGACAGUGUAUCAUCUGCGCCGCCGUUUAGUACCAACAGUCGAGCACCCGCUGCCUAG